AUAGCCGAACUGCUGGUGGAUAAAGCAGUGGAAUUAGAAUUCUGUGGUGGUGUUUUUGGAAGCAAUAUUACGCCAACUCCUUUUUUAUGUUUAAUUCUAAAAAUGUUACAAAUUCAACCUGAAAAGGAUAUUAUCAUAGAAUUUAUCCGUCAAGAAGAUUUCGAAUAUGCUCGAGCGUUAGGUGCAGUCUGUAUGAGAUUAGUUGGAACUUCUCUUGAUUGCUACAAAUAUUUGGAACCAUUGUAUAAUGACUACAGAAAACUUUUGAGAAAAAACAGAUCAGGAGCAUUGGAAAUAAUUCGUAUGGAUCAAUUUAUUCAUGAACUAUUACAUGAAGAAAGAGUUUGUGAUAUUUUUCUACCAAGAAUUCAGAAAAGACAAGUUUUGGAAAAGUGUAAUUAUUUAGAACCAAGAAUUAGUGCUCUGGAUGAUGAUCUUUAUGAUGUUGAAUCAGAUGACGAUAAGGACCUGAGAAGAAGCUUAACGUUAGAUAGACGUCUUCCACUUCAUUUAAAAAGAGACGAUGAUAAGAAUAAGAGAAAUCUUUCUCCACUUCGUCACAGACGUAGUCGAAGUAGGUCUCCUCACAAACGAGGGCAUUCUUCUCGAAGAAGAUCAAGAUCCAGAGAAAGACACCAGCGUCAGAGUCGUUUUCAAGAAAGAGACAGAGAGAGGGAAAAAGAUCGUGAUAAAAACAGAAGACAUCGAUCAAGAUCAACAGGUAAUAAUUGAAAAACAUGUAAAAUAUAUAAUUCUAAUAUAUAAUCUAUAAUUCUAUUAAUAUAUUAAAAUUUAUCCAAAAUUAACAAUAAUCUAGGACAUAAGAAAAAAUCAAGUAAACACAGUCGAAGGGAAAAAGAAAACGAUCCAGGUGAUAGAGAAAGAAGAGAUCAGUGAAGGCAGAAAUGAGAAGAUUGUGAAGGGAGAAAGC